AUGAAUUCCUCUACUCACUCACAGACCAAAGCUAUUCUCCCAGAUGCUUGGGACUACAAAGGCCGCCCUGCUGACCGCUCAAAAACCGGUCGCUGGACCGCAGCUGCCAUGAUUCUCGGAGGUGAGGCUGUAGAGAGGCUUACAACACUUGGAAUUGCUGUGAAUUUGGUGACAUAUAUGACAGGAACUAUGCAUUUGGGGAAUGCAGUUUCUGCUAAUAUUGUCACUAAUUUUCUUGGCACUUCCUUUAUGCUUUGUCUUCUUGGUGGUUUCAUUGCUGAUACAUUUCUUGGCAGGUACCUCACAAUUGCCAUCUUUGCAGCCAUCCAAGCAACUGGUGUUACAAUCUUAACCAUUUCUACCAUAAUUCCUUCCCUCCGCCCGCCGAGAUGCACAGUAGAGUCGUCAUCACAUUGCGCUCCCGCCACCGACUUUCAACUGACGAUCCUCUACAUCGCUCUUUACACGACCGCUCUCGGCACUGGUGGAUUGAAAUCCAGUGUCUCUGGUUUCGGUUCCGAUCAGUUUGAUGAGUCAGAUAAAGAGGAGAGAGCCCAAAUGACUGCCUUCUUCAACUGGUUCUUCUUCUUUAUUAGUAUUGGAUCGCUCGCUGCCGUGACAGUUCUCGUCUACAUUCAAGACAAUUUAGGGCGACAAUGGGGGUACGGUAUUUGUGCUUGUGCCAUUGUAGCUGGAUUAGUUGUAUUUGUCUCCGGAACAAAAAAAUAUCGAUUCAAGAAGUUGGUCGGUAGCCCGUUGACACAGAUUGCUACGGUUAUUGUCGCUGCUUGGAGGAAACGACAUAUGGAUUUGCCAACUGAUUCGUCGUUUUUGUUGGACAUUGAUGACUUUGAAGAUGAAAGGAAAAACGGGAAGAUGAAGAAACAAAAGCUUCCUCGUUCUAAACAGUUCAGAUUUUUGGACAAAGCAGCCAUAAGAGAGCCAGAAAAAGGGGCUGACAUUGCAUUAAUGAAUAAAUGGAACAUAUCAACCCUAACUGAUGUUGAAGAGGUAAAAAUGGUAAUAAGAAUGCUUCCCAUUUGGGCCACAAACAUAAUGUUUUGGACAGUCUAUGCCCAAAUGACCACCUUCUCUGUCUCACAAGCCACCACCAUGGAUCGCCACAUCGGAAAAUCGUUUGAAAUUCCUGCUGCCUCCCUCACUGUUUUUUUCGUAGGAAGCAUUCUCUUAACCGUUCCUAUAUAUGAUCGACUCAUCGUCCCCAUUGCUCGAAAGAUUCUAAAAAACCCUCAAGGCCUUACCCCAUUACAACGAAUUGGUGUCGGUUUAGUUCUGUCGAUCUUCGCAAUGGUAGCCGCAGCCCUAGCCGAGCUAAAGCGACUAAGAGUUGCGACUUCGCAUCAUAUGGUUAAUGAGACAACCGAGCUACCCUUGAGUGUCUUUUGGUUGAUACCACAAUUCUUUUUGGUAGGGUCAGGUGAGGCAUUUACAUAUAUAGGGCAACUUGAUUUCUUCUUAAGGGAGUGCCCCAAAGGGAUGAAAACAAUGAGCACAGGGCUAUUUCUAAGCACAUUAUCAUUAGGGUUUUUUUUUAGCUCUUUUUUGGUGACAAUUGUGCACAAAAUAACUGGAAAUAAGCCAUGGUUGGCUGAUAAUCUCAACCAAGGGAAGCUUUACGAUUUCUAUUGGCUUUUGGCAAUUUUGAGUGCUUUGAAUUUUGGGAUUUAUUUGGUUUGUGCAAAAUGGUAUGUGUACAAAGACAAGAGGCUGGCUGAAGAGGGAAUUGAAUUGGAGGAAUCAGAAAUGGUUUGCCAUGCUUAA